UUCACCGCAAUCGCUUUAUUACCUCACAAAAAAAACAUUAAAAUUAUAAACAUUUGACUAUGUGCACAAACUAGGUAAAUUAUCACCAAAACUGCGUGGAAAAAGUUGUUUCAACUGUUUUGAAACUAGUGGGGAUAGUUUUGUGAUCCAAUACGAGAAAAAGUUGUUUCCCAAAUAAGUGAAACGAGCGUAAUCUACGAUAAACCUUCCAAAUAAAAACAAGAACACUAUGUCAGUAUGUAGUACUCAUAAUUGAAGUUAAUUAAAAGUGGUUGCCAUAGCAUGAAACGUAGCAGGAAACAAAUUUGAAUAAGUAUUCAAUUCAUCCAAUCGAUCUGUGGGCACCAGUCGGGCAAUCAUGGCGGAGAUGAAACUUGACAUGCCCGCCGAAGAUGAUAUGGCUACCAGGGUAUUCUGGGAGAUACUUUCACCUCUUGGUUACAUUCCGCAACCGGUGAAAGAAGCACUAAAAUCAACCGGAUUCGACAAUCUACUUUCUCUGUCCGCUAUGCGAGAGUCAGACCUGGAAGAUAUCUCCGGGCAGCACAAGUUACCGAUGGGUCAUCGGCGAUUGAUAAAAGUUUUAUCGGAGCGCAUCAACCAGCUUGGAAUAGAUGACCUGACAGCGAAACUAUUGCGAAAGUUAGACCGACAGGCAACAACGGUGGUCAAAGUAUCUAAACCGACACCUCCCAAUCCUACGAGCAGUGACUCGCGAGACGAAUUACCGCUUUCACGACCGGUACCCUCCGGGGAAGCACUGGUCGAAAUUUAUCGAACCAAGCUACAGCAGAAUAUUCUUUCCUGGCUGACCACCCACGGCGAACUCGGUUCGAAGGAUGUUGAGCUGCAAGAUAUCAACAUCAACGUUUCUAUACAGGAGGGAAAAUUGCAGGGUUCCGUUAUUUGUCCUUUCUGCCGCAUGGAAAUCAAGAUUUACAUUCGAGCCCCGGAUGCAGACAGUAGUGGAGCGAUAGCCAAUUCGAACUACAUCAAACACUACAACCGAAUGCACCGGAAGGUACCGUUGCCUCCAAAAUCCCCCGCAGCAAAUAGUUGGUCAUCCCCGUUCAGUCAUGGUACACCUCCGCCAGGCACAAUGAUGGCCCUGGAACAGCACCAGCAAGCAUUGGCUCAGCUGCAUGCGGAACAGCAUGCUGCGGCCUACGCUGCCGUAACGGCCGCCGCAAGUGCUGGUGCGGUUGGGGUUGGGCCGAAUGGAAGCAGCAGCAGCACGGCGGGAAGUUCCAGCGGACAGCUUCCUAAUCCGGCCGCCAUGUACGAGUUGCUGUUUAAACAGGAAUCUAACAGCUGGGAUGAAUAGUUUGAAGAUACGUUUUUGAUUUUCUUGUGUGUGAAUGUUCAUGUCCUUAGGAUAAGGAUUUGAUGUCCUCGCUAGGUUAACACUAUAGUGAUACAUUGUAUCAGACUCGCCGAUAGUUUCUAUAACUGUAUUAUGUAAAAAAAAGCGAAAUGUUGCGGAAAUAAGGUAGACAUUUGAUUAGGCAAUAUCUUAUAUAACCUAAUUAAAAAUAUUCGGACAAAAAUACGAUCCCCAUGUAUACGUUGCUAAAAUAUACUGUUGUAUACAUUGUGAAACAG